AACAUAUGUCAAGGUCAAGGUCAUUGGAGGUGGCUCCCCUAAAGUGAACAAUUACCCUAUUGAGAAUUAAGAAUCAUCUAUACUAUAUUCAAGAGGCAGCGCCGCGUACGUUUAAAAGCAAACCAUGUUAUAAACGCGGCACUUGCCGCAGAAAUGUUGAUUAAAAUGGCAAAGCCUUUUAUGAAAAGCGAGUUAAUAGACAUAAUACAUCUUCACUCAUCGUUAGAGAGCCUUUCUGAAUAUAUACCAGUGGAUGCAUUACCAAACGAAACAGGUGGAAAAGCUGGUUCCGUGCACGAACUAGCUGAAAUUCAAGAGAAAAAAUUCGAAGACUAUCGCGAGUGGUUUAUAUUGGAUGAAUCAACCGGACGCGUUAACGAAGCAUUAAGAAUUGGCAAGAGCAAAACGGUAAAUGAUUUGUUUGGUAUAGAGGGUACUUUUAAAAAACUUGUUAUAGAUUAA